UGCUGUCAAAACAGAAACGUCAAACGACCUGAACAGGACUGCCAACAGCAACCCUUGACAGCUUCGGUCGAAACGUCAAGGGCCUUUCUUUUGGAUUGUUCUUCCACAUUGAACGAUCUGCCGCGUGUUGUGCUCCGAUAAAAUAAGCAAAAAUGGCCGUACGACCAGCGUUUAAGCCGAAGAUUGUGAAGAAGCGGACGAAGAAGUUCAUCCGCCACCAGUCGGAUCGCUAUGACAAGCUCGCGCCUAACUGGCGUCGGCCGAAAGGUAUCGACAACCGAGUGCGUCGUCGCUUCAAGGGACAGUACCUGAUGCCCAGCAUUGGUUACGGUUCGAAGCAAAACACCCGCCAUAUGCUGCCGAACGGAUUCAAGAAAUUCCUGGUCCACAACGUCCGCGAGCUGGAGGUGCUGAUGAUGCAGAACCGUGUGUACUGUGCCGAGAUCGCACACGCCGUGUCGUCCAAGAAGCGCAAGGCAAUCGUCGAGCGUGCAAAGCAGCUGGCUAUCGCCGUCACGAACCCGAACGCCAGACUGCGUGCCCAGGAGAUGGAGUAAGAUGCUUUAUCACUGUCGGACGCGGCGCUUCGGUUUGGUGGAUCUAUUAUUCUUUCUUUUGGUGGAAAGGAUCCCGUUUUGAGAAGUAAUAAUAAGAGAAAUUACCCUUAAAACGGCAAA